AGAGAAAAUUGGCAUUCGUGAACAUCGAGCUUUUGCGGUGGCGGUCGCGUAGAUAUAGUACGCAAAGUGAAUGUCUCUUAGCUAGCAUCGUUUUAGUAUAUUUCUUUAACCUUAGUUAUUUUUAGAAAUAAAUCAAAAUGAAACUCUACCUUAUGUUAUUAGUUUUACCCGCGGCUCUGCUGUGCUUCCAAAACGCUAAUUCAAUCUUAGCAAGGGCAGAGGAAGAUGAACUUGACGAUGUAGUUGAUAUAGAAGGUGAAGACAACCAGGUUGUUGGAGAUGAUGUUAUUGGUGAUGAAGAUGACUCAAUUGUCAAGUCAUCACAAGAUGUAGACACAACCAUAUUGUUCACAAAACCCAUCACUAACUAUGGUGAUGUGUCAUUCGAUUUGCAAGCAGGCAAUCCAGUUGAAUUCCUUGUUGGUUUUAUCAACAAGGGUUCCGAGGACUACCUCGUUGAGACAAUGGAAGCAUCCUUCAGAUAUCCACUAGAUUACACAUACUACAUCCAGAACUUCACCGCUCUGCCUUACAACCGUGAGGUCAAACCGAAGCAAGAAGCAACCUUUGCUUAUUCUUUCAUCCCCAAUGAAGCGUUCGCCGGCAGACCAUUUGGCUUAAACAUUCAGAUUAACUACAAGGAUGCUCUCGGUAACUCAUACCAGGAAGCAGUCUAUAACCAAACGGUGAACAUUGUUGAGAUCUCUGAAGGUCUGGAUGGAGAAACUUUCUUCCUGUAUGUGUUCUUGGGUGCAGCAUGCGUUCUGAUCCUUGUGUUGGGCCAGCAAGCCCUCUCGUCACUCGCCCGUCGUCGCUCUCCCAGAUCAGCUCCUAAACCCUUGGAGACUGGUACCGCUAAUGAUGUGGAUUAUGACUGGUUACCUAAGGAACUUGUUAACCAGCUGAAAAAAUCACCCAAGACGCCGAAACAAUCGCCACGCAUGAGGAAGGCCAAGAGGUCGGCGGGCGAUGACUAAUUUUAGUUUUUUAAAUUAAUUUUUAGUUAACAUCAACUCAGACAGGAGGUUUCAGUGAUCAGUCAAUUAAAAUAAGAAUAAGAUUAAACUUUGAUUGUGGUAAACUGCAAAAUAUAGUUAAUUGGGAAAGAAAGCAGUUGAUCAAGUUUUCUUUCUAAUUUUUUAUGCUUUCAAAUAAAAAUUAACAACUCAACCGAAGAAUUGAUAAUCUUUAUUCUUAUUUUAUUUGAUGUAAAGUGAUGAGACUGUGUGUUUAGUUUAAGUGUGAGAGUAAAUUAUGGAACAAAAUGAGUGGACAUCUUUGCAAUAAUGUUGCGUUACGAGAAGACAUUAUUUAAAUAUUAAAAAUGUUACAUUUUUA